AUGUCGCCGUCCACUCGAGCAACGACCAAGAUUGAUCUUGACGUGAUAGAAAACAAAGAAGGAAAGAAUGCCUUUGUUGGAUCCGUCGAUCAAGGAACUUCCAGCACUCGAUUCUUGGUCUUUACCAAGAAGGGAGAAAUUGCAGCUUGGUCUCAAAUGGAGCAAACACAGACAUUUCCGUCCGGAGAAGACAAGGUUGGAUGGCACGAGCAUGACCCUCUCGAAAUUUGGAACGAUGUCAAGCAAUGUAUGAGUGAAGUUGACAGGAUUUUGGAAACGAACAACAUUCAGUUUGAGAUUGAAGCCAUUGGAAUUACCAAUCAACGGGAAACUACGGUGGCUUGGAAUGCCAAAACCGGAACACCCUACUACAAUGCAAUUGUUUGGGAUGAUACACGAACGAACCACAUUGCCAGUCAAGUGGCUGCAGGAGACCCAGACCGGCUUCGGGAAAAGACUGGACUUCCAUUGGCAAGUUAUUUUGCUGGUACCAAAGUGAAAUGGUUGUUGGAGAAUGUUUCGGAAUUGCAAAAGGAUUUAAAAGAAAAACCAGAAGAAGUCCGGUUUGGAACAAUAGACACUUGGUUAUUAUAUCAGUACACUGGUAGUCCUUCUACCGCCAAAGGUGCUGGCAAUAUUAAUGGCUUGUUUUUGACGGAUGUGUCCAAUGCAAGUCGCUGGUUAUUUUGCGAUAUUGAAAAGGUGGAAUGGGAUCAAGAAUUGGUCAAUGCUGUCUGCAGUCCAUACCAAGUACCGCUGUCUGUUUUGCCCGAAAUUCGAUCGUCUAGUGAAGUCUAUGGAAAGACAACGAAAGAUGCCACUGGUGUAGGAACAAUGGAGGGGGUUCCUGUUGCCGGUAUACUUGGAGAUCAGCAAGCAGCCUUGUUUGGUCAAACUGCCUUUCAGCCGGGUGAAGCAAAGAACACCUAUGGUACAGGCAUGUUCCUCAUGAUGAAUACUGGAACCAAACUAGUUCCAUCCAACCACGGACUCUUGACGACGAUUGGGUACCAGAUUGGCGCUGAUGGACCGGUUACAUAUGCUUUGGAAGGCUCUGUCUCCCACAGUGGAUCCACGAUUCAAUGGCUUCGAGAUCAACUUCAAAUCAUCGACGAUGCCCCAGAAUCAGAAACCUUGGCGACCGAACACAAUGAUGGAUUGUACUUUGUGCCUGCCUUUGCCGGUCUCUUUGCUCCACACUGGAGAGCCGACGCUCGUGCUUGUAUUGUAGGUAUGACUGCAUCACACCACAAGGGACAUGUGUGUCGCGCAGCCUUAGAGGCAGUAGCCUACCAAGCAAAGGAGGUCUUUGACGCAAUCUACAAAGACAGUAAUGUUCUAUUGAAAAAUCUCAAAGUGAAUGGGGGUGGUACCAACAACAAGCUUUUGAUGCAAUUUCAAGCUGACAUCAUCAAUGUGCCAGUGAUCACACCGCACAUAAUGGAAACAACAGCCAUGGGCGCCGCCUUUGCAGCUGGUUUGGCAGUCGGUUUCUGGAAAGAUACGGACGAGAUCAAGGCUCUGUGGAGUGUUGCUUCGACCUUUACUCCAUCCAUGAAAGAAGUAGAUCGGGCAAAGAACUGUUACGGUUGGCAAAAAGCCAUCAGCAAGAGUUUGGAUUGGAUCGAAGAAGAAGACUAUGACGAAGACGACUUCUAUGAUGCACAGGACAAGAGUUUCGACAUGUCUUUCUUCGCAGCAGACAGCGAUGCGAACCCCAGACUCCGUAAUGCUGUUUCUAGUAUCGUUCUCAUAGCGUUGGGAGUUGGCGCUGGGUUCUUGCUCGGGAAAAAUAGCCGACAGAAGUAA